AUGCCAGACACGGCAGCGGCUGCCGCUGCUGCAUCAUCGGCUAGUAACUGCAGCAGCAGCGGCGACAGUGAGAGCUCACGGCACAGACACCGCGCGCAGGAAGAGAGCGAGCGGGCUGAGCAACAGCAGCAAAGCGCAGCACCUCAGCCCACAUCAUCGGGCGUUUUGGAUAAGCUGUUUGGGAAGCGUCUGCUGCAGGCGGGGAGACACGUCAUGUCCCAUAAAUCCUGGAUGAAGACGGUGCCCACAGAGAACUGUGACGUCCUUAUGACUUUUCCAGACAGCACAGAUGACCACACGCUGCUCUGGCUUCUGAACCACAUACGGCUUGGCAUCCCAGAACUCAUCAUCCAGAUCCGACAUCACAAACACACCAGAAUGUAUGCCUUCUUCGUCACGGCCACAUAUGAAAAUCUUUUACGAGGAGCUGAGGAGAUGGGACUGCAGAAAGCUGUGAAGCCGGAGUUUGGUGCUGGCUUUCGCAGUUUCUCCUGUGAGGAAGACUACAUCUAUGAAAACAUUGAGAGUGAACUCUGUUUCUUCACGUCGCAGGAACGUCAGUGUAUAAUAAAAUACUGGCUGGACAAUCUAAGAGCUAAACAGGGCGAGGCUCUUCACAAUAUCCACUUUCUGGAAGGGCAGCCAAUCAUUCCUGAGCUGAGAGCGCGGGGUGUGAUCCAGCAGUUCUUCCCACUUCAUGAGCAAAGGAUUCUGGGACAGCUGAUGAAGUCAUGGGUGCAGGCGGUGUGCGAAAAACAGCCACUGGAUGAUAUUUGUGACUAUUUUGGUGUAAAGAUUGCCAUGUACUUUGCCUGGCUGGGUUUCUACACCACCUCCAUGUUGUAUCCGGCUGUUAUUGGCUUUGUACUGUGGAUGCUUACAGAAUCAGAUCAGACCAGCAGGGACAUCUGUUGUGUGGUGUUUGCUCUCUUUAAUGUGGUGUGGGCCACACUGUUCCUGGAGCGCUGGAAACGCAGAGGGGCGGAGCUCGCAUAUAAGUGGGGUACACUGGACACCCCAGCUGAGUCACUGGAGGAACCAAGACCUCAAUUCAGGGGUGUAAAGCGGUGCAGUCCAGUGACAGGCUGUGAAGAGUUUUAUUACCCGCCGUGGAGGAGGAGAGUGUUCAGAUGGCUCGUCAGCUUUCCUGUCUGUAUAUUAUGCCUUAGCUUUGUAUUUCUGGCCAUGCUUGUCUGCUUUGAGCUUCAGGAAUUUGUGAUGGGGAUUAAGGAGCUUCCACGAGUGGCGAGAUUUAUCCCUAAAAUAAUGCUGGCCAUUACUGUGACAGCAUGUGAUGAGGUGUACAGAAAGAUCGCCUGCUGGCUAAACGACAUGGAAAACUACAGACUCCAGAGUGCCUAUGAGAAAAAUCUCAUCAUCAAAAUGGUCCUUUUUCAGUUUGUAAAUUCUUAUCUCAGCCUUUUCUAUAUUGGAUUCUACCUCAAAGACAUGGAGCGUUUGAAAGAGAUGCUGGCCACGCUGCUGAUUAUCCGGCAGUUUGUGCAGAACAUGAAAGAAGUCCUGCAACCCUAUCUGGCUGAGCGCCACAGGCUGGGCGAGCUCACGCUGCGGGCUGUGUGGGAGCUGCUUGUCUCAGCACUGCUCAAGUAUGGGCGACUCGCAGCAGGGCGAGCACAGUUCUCACCCACUGACCCCACUGUGCCUGGGUCAGGUCUACGGGGCCCACAGAUGGGUGAGGAGAUCCCACAGGAAAGGCGAGAACGCAAGUGUCUGAAUGGUGGCUGUGGCGUCCCAGAUGAAGACGCAGAGGAGGAGCCUGGGGAAAGACACAGCGAAGAAGAUACCGAAUCAGAGAGCCUCAUCGACUGCGGGCUGAAGCUGCGUAAGGUAAGCUUCAUUGAGAAGGUAGAGCGCAAGUCUGCAAGCUGCAUCAGUCCAGUGGACGAUAGCUUCAUGGAAGAAGGGAGCCCUACCAUGGUGGAGCGUGGCAUGGAUCCUGCCUCGGUUUUUGAGAUGUGCGAUGAUGAUGAUGAGAACGGCCUCUCAGAAAUGAAGGAACUUGCAGCGGAGCCGCUGCUGAUGGGGGUUGAAAGCAGCACAUCAGUCAGGCUCAGGAAAAGCGGGCAGAGCUUGGAUAGGGCCGAUAUUAAGACGAAGAGAGAUUCGUGGAUGGAUCCGCCUGAGGAGCAAGACGCCUCUACGCUCACGCAGGCCGAGAUCGAGAGCUGCAUGCAAACAUACCAGGACACAUUUCAAGACUACCAGGAGAUGUUUGUCCAGUUUGGAUAUGUAGUGCUCUUCUCCUCUGCCUUCCCAUUGGCCGCCAUGUGUGCCCUCAUCAACAACAUCAUCGAGAUCCGGAGUGAUGCUUUUAAACUGUGCACCAGCCUGCAAAGACCAUUUGGCCUGAGGGUGGGGAGCAUCGGACAAUGGCAGACAGUGAUGGAAGCCAUGGGUCUGAUUGCCAUCAUAGUUAACUGCUAUCUGAUUGGUCAGUGUGGGCAGCUACAGAGACUGUUUCCCUGGCUUAGUCCUGAGAUGGCCAUUAUCUCCAUUGUCAUCCUAGAGCACUUUGCAGUACUACUGAAGUAUAUCAUUCAUGUGGCAAUACCAGACAUACCCAGUUGGGUGGGAGAGGAAAUGGCCAAACUGGAGUUUCAGCGCAAACAGGCAUUUAAGAAGCAUGAGCGGCAGGCGCAGCAGCAUUUCCAGCAGCAGCAGAGAAGGAAGCGUGAGGAAGAGGAGCGUCAGCGCCAGGCGGACUAUCAGGCUCGGCGUGAUAGAGACGACAGCCGCCCAGACUCCUCGGGUGGAGAUCACCACCACGACAAGAGCCAGAGUAGCAAAUCCAAACCAGGGAGUGGGGGAGGCACUUUUGGAGGGGAAAAACCCAAGCGACCCAGUUCACUUCUAGGUAACAAUAAUGUCCUGAAACUGAAGCAGAUCAUCCCAUUGCAGAGCAAGUUCUCCUCUGGGACGGCCCGUUCCCCACAGUCACCCACUGGUAAUGAACCCAAGCUACCGGGUUUCCUAAGCUUCAAGUUCCUAAAGUCUCCUGAAAAUAAGAAGGAGGCCGCAACUGCUUAUACAAGUGCAUCAACAGUUCCUCCAGUCCAGGAGAGGGUAGAAAGAUCCCAGUCGCCCAACAAGUCCUUCAACCCUGGGAAACUUUUUAACUUUGGGAAAUCAGAAGGUGGGGCAUGUGUAAAUGUGGCUCAGCCCUCAAAACCAGGGGAGGACAAGCCACCCACAAAGUCCGACCUCAACGGGGUUCCGGAUGAGAUCCCAUCCCCUUGUGGAGAGAAUGGGGAAAAUGGAUCCUCAUCCGAUGCGGAGCCGUCAGGCCCAAAGAUGUAACAACAAAUUGAUCUCCAGUGAAACGCAUGUGUGAGAAACUACUUAGCAACACAGAGGGAGGGAGAGUGGAUAGCAGAAGGUCCUCUUCUAUUGUUGGAGACUGUGCAAGACCUGACCCCAAAGCUGUUGAGAGAGAAAAAAUGACCUGGGGGGAAUUCACUAAGAAAUAAUUGCGGCCACUGAUGGCGUUGUUUAUUUGAACGCGCUGUCUUUUAGCACCUGAUUCACUGAAGAAUUAUGCAAAUCAAGUAAUGGCGCAAACGCGCCCACAAAAAUAAUGCUUUUAUUAUUAUUAUUAUUGCAAUUAGUCGCAAUUUGCACCCUAGUAACAGAAAUGCGGCAAGACAAUAAGUGGCUACAAUUACUGCUGCCACGAUCACUGGAAAAAGUACACAAACAUCCCUUAUGUCAUUCUAAUAAACCUCUAUUUAAAGGCAUCAUUCCAUUUGCGGUGAUAGUGCCUCAUUAAGAGCACCAGAAAGAUAGUUCUGACUUUGGUGAAUGUGGCCCUCAUUUGCAUGGAAAGGAGGUAUGUUUAUGCUGAAAAGAAUGCCAAUUAUGUUUUUUCUAAGAAAUACUUUCUUCUGUCUCAGCUUAAAUCUGAUGUGUGUAAUUUUUGUAAUGAUAAAAUUUGUUCUCGUAUCCCAGUUAAUAUGAAGGGUCAACUAUAAGUAGCCAAGACAAAUUGCUGUUUCCACCUGUUAUUACCAUGCGUCGCAAAUGCGUCUUCUGUGAUUGUAUUUCGUGGGGAGGCUCUCUGAUUUCAUGAGGACAUACAUCAAUCACUAUGUCAGUAUGCUACUGAAUGAUAAUAAACCGCAAAAAAAAGUAAUAAGACAAAAAAGCACACACACACAGUGUAAAAACAACGCACUGUUUUCCCAGAUGAAAUGUAAUCUAGCCGAAUUGUCUGAGAUUCAGAUGUGUGUGCUAAUCAUCAGUGUCUCUGCAUGUUGAUAUCAGACACACUGAAGAAGAUCCGUGAAGUUCCCGUGCUUGUGCAUGUAUGCGCUUUUUUUAAUGUAAAAAAUUCGAAAGGUUAUUUCCUUUUGAUGCAGCAUGUAAUUCAAAGAUUCAACUCUUGUUUUAGUACAGCGGUUUAUUGACAGGUGAGGGGAGGUGCGUCACUGCUGACCGUGAUGCAUUCAGGACGGAUUACCUCAAGUGCGAUGU